AGAAGCGCUUAAACCCUUCUACUUGGCGCCAUAGAUUAUAGAGGCUUAGACUGCUGAUUGGUAAGGCUCUCAAGUCCCUGAAAUGGCUACCCAAUUACGUUCUUUCGGCGAACUACUAUCGGUCAAGUCGGAGGGCAAUAUCAAUGGUGCUCUCCCACCCGAUGAGCUUGACCAUGUUCCACUGAUACGUCGCCGGUCCCUGCUACUCGCAAAUAAGCCUUCGAAUUGUUAUUCUGAACCUAGCGCCGUCGAAAGUGGAAUCGGAAAGCGAUUGAUGUCCCAUAUGCUAGUUAAAGAAGAAGACGAGAGCUGUGAUUCACCGGACGUUCUUCCUACAUCUGCAAGGUCUCCCAAACAAGUAGUGCUUGCAGUUUUCGCUCAAAAUCAAAAUCAUGCUGAUAAAGAUUGUGAGCAAGUUCAUUGUAAAGUAUCAUGCAAUAGAAUUGUGGAAAAUUCUGUACUUGAUCCUUGUUUAGAAAAUGGAAAUUCUAUUCAAGAAGUGGGAACCUCUGGAGAUUAUCUGAUUGAGAGUUCAAAGCAAAUAAAAUGUACAGUUUCUAAUAGUGAUGUUGCUCAAGUGGGGAAGCUUGAGGCCAAUAUUAGCAGUUUUCCAGCAAUUUCAACACUUUCAGAAGUUCCUGCAGUAGCACACAUGGGAAAUUCUGGCAACUUGUUGCACUCAAUGGGAAGUUAUAUACAAAACUCUUCUUCUACUGAUGUCCCGACAAUUAAGGACGUUCUUCCUACAUCUGCUUGGUCUCCCAGGAAAAUAGUACUUGCAGUGUUUGCACAAAAACAAAAUCAUGCCCAUAAAGAUUGUGAGGAAGUUCAUUGUAAAGUAUCAUGCCAUAGAAUUGUGGAAAAUUCUGUAAUUGAUCGUUGUUUAGAAAAUGGAAAUUAUAUUCGAGACUUGGGAAUCUGUGAAGAUUGCUUGAUUGAGAGUCCGGAGCAAAUAAAAAUAUCUAAUGGUGAUGUUGCUAAAGUAGGGAAGCUUGAUGCCAAUAUUAGCAGUUAUCCGGCAAUUUCAACACUUUCAGAUGUUCCUGUGGUAGCACACAUGGGAAAUUCUGGCAACUUGUUGCACUCAAUGGGAGGUUGUGUACAAAACUCUUCUGUCACUGAUGUCCCGACUAUUAAGGUGAAAAGUGAGAUCUCUGAUCUCAUUGAUGAUGAUUGUUUAGACCACAUUGUGUUGAAAGAGAGGCAAAGGAUGCUGCUUUCAAGUAAACUGUUGGGAAUGGCAAAACCGGCUCUUGAGAUUAGUUUGGAAGCUUCAUCAGGAAAUGGUAUACAACAGUGUGAUGAAAAUCAAAAGGAACAAACUCCUGAUGUUAUUGGAGUAUCAUUAAUGGCUAAAAAUGAUGACAGGAUGUGUUCGUCCAUGGAGUUCAAUUCAUGUGAAAGGCAGGAUAACAUGCUUGUAUACACAAAUGACAUUAGUAGUUCAUCUUUAUCAACCACACUCAAAGUCAAAGAUGAAUCUCAUGAUGACAAUAACUGCCAAAACUUGGACAACAAUGCUUGGGAUACUUUUUCCUUUAACAUGCAUGGGGUAAAAGCUGAAAUGGAAAGCUCUAAUGAAGAUGAUGAAGAUGAAACAGACCAUAUUUGUCUGGGCAAUCGUGCAAAGUUGCUGAAGUUAAAAGAUGAUAAUGAGAUAAAAUCUAUGCCUUUUGCCACUGAAUGUAGCCCUAUUGCAGCAGAAUCUGCAAAGCCAUUCAGUAUCAACCGUAUGCGGAAAAGGAAAAAGACUGCCACUGAUUCAGUUGAAACAGCUCUGGAGGAAGAUGCUCCUGGACUCCUCCAGGUGUUAAUUGAGAAAGGAGUAUCAGCAGAUGAGAUCAAACUCUAUGGGGAGACAGAGAGUGAUGAUGCUCUAGAUGAGUCUUCUAGUGAAAGUUUUUUGGAGCUUGAAUCUGUGAUAUCAAAGAUUUUCACUCAGCGCCAUUCAUUUUUCAAGUUUGCUCCCAUACGUUGCACAAAGGGGGCAAGAGCUAGUUAUUGCUUGGCUUGUUUACUAUCACUUGUAGAGCAGACAAGAUAUUUGCAGUUUCGCAAAUGGCCUGUGGAAUGGGGUUGGUGCCGAGAUCUGCAGUCAUUUAUUUUUGUGUUUGAGAGACACAAUAGAAUUGUGUUAGAGCGUCCUGAAUAUGGCUAUGCAACAUACUUUUUUGAGCUAGUAGACUCUUUAUCCAUUGAUUGGCAGAUUAAGCGGCUAGUUACUGCCAUGAAGCUUACAACCUGUAGCAGGAUUUCUCUUAUUGAGAACAAAGCAUUAUUGGUUGGAAAAGACUUGACUCAAGGUGAGGCAAAGGUGCUAAUCGAGUAUGGUUGGAUACCAAAUAGUGGGUUGGGAACCAUGCUCAAGUACUGCAACAGAGUAGUGCACGACAGGAAGAAUGAGAAGGACACCUCAGAGUGGAGAUCCAAAAUAGGAAAGUUGCUAAUGGAUGGUUACAAUAGGGGAACAUUGGUAGCAACUAGUAUCCCAGAAGAAGAAAUGGAGUCUAGAGAUUCUCAAAGCCCAGAAGUCAAGCUGGAGCCUUUCUGAUUCUGAAAAUGUAAACAACUAAACCUGUAUAGAAAGAUCAAGUGGUUAAUUGUUACUUACAGAUGGAAGAGUGUAGUACAUCCUGAGUACUUUAGUGUACACUGCCGAAUCAGUGAACAGAAAAGUAAGAUGGUGGAAAGAAGAAAAGCAGACAUUAGAUUGUACAUAGUGUAGUUUGAUGGAAUUGAACCUUUGUCGUAUAAUUUCUUGUUUGAUCUAUCUUUUGUCAAGUAGAUAAGUAAACAAGAUACGAUGAGUCUUUUUUACAAUGUAAUUAGGGUAAAUGGCACAAUUAGUCCCAGUCUAAUUAGGAUUAAUUAUUGUUAUAAGGCAUUUUAAAGUGCCCAACAUUAGAUGAAUUCUUAUUUUGUGUUGUCCGGUAUAAAUUUUAAUAAAUGGGGUUCGAAUUUAAAUUAA